AUGUCAGAAACAGAGGACGUGAAGAACAAUCCAGAACCAGAUCAGCCGGCAAAGUUGAAGAACAAAAAGAAUGUCACCGUGGCAUUCAAGCUCAAUGGAAAGAACUACCCGUUGUGGUAUCGACUUAUGAAAGUCAAGAUCGGAGGCCGAGGGGCUUACUCACAUAUCCGAAACGAACCCCCAGAACCCGGGAGCAAGGGUUAUGACGAUUGGGAAGAAGACGACUUGGUGGUGUUUUCGUGGAUCGUCGACAACAUUGAAGACGGGAUAAUUGCCGACUUCGCACACCACUUGACAACCAAAGCAUUAUGGGACACCCUCGCAAUCACGUUCGAGAAUAAAGCAGAUAAGUAUCUAAUAUAUGAUUUGGAGGAAAAAGCAAUAACAAUCAGACAGGGAGAUCUUGAUUUAGAGACAUAUUACCGAAGAAUCAACGGACUAUGGAUUAACAUUGACCGAUGCCAGAAACAACCCAUCACGUGCUGCGAUAAGGGCGUGAACCAAUACAGAGUCCAUUCGAAUGAGAAGAGGCUGUUCAAAUUUCUGACUGGACUGAACCCAGAAUACGACUCAAUCAAACGAGAGAUCCUCAAAGAGGAUCCUUACCCAUCAGUCGAAGCUGCUUACGGGUGGGUGAAGACGGAGGCGGCUCGACGAAACACCAUGCCACCGGCAUCGUCUCCUCCCACCGAAGUCGUCGGCAAUUACGCCGGGGAUACAUCAUCUGGGGAAAUCAGGAUCGGGUUCGCUGCCCAGAAUCAACGUCCCUCACCGCGACAAGGACCACCACCGCGACCAGGGAGCUGA